AUGUUGGAGUCCGAGAAACUAGAAUGGCUACGAAAAAACCAACCUAAGCUUCGGGUUUCAAAGUACAACUCUUUAGAGAAAGAGGGCGAUCAUAGUCAACUUCCAGGUGUAAGCAUAGGUAAGCGAGUUGUUUUGCCUUCGUCCUUUGUCGGUGGUCGUAGGUUUAUGGAUCAAUUAUACUAUGAUGGGAUGGCUAUAUGCAGUAAAGUUGGGUUUCCUGAUUUGUUUAUUACUUUUACCUGUAACCCAAAUUGGCCUGAGAUUCAAAGAGUGCUUGGACCUCUACAUCUGAAACCUCAAGAUCGACCCGAUGUCAUUUCCAGAAUUUUCAAAAUCAAGUUUGACCAAUUGCUUUCGGAUCUAACCAAAAAGGGUGUUCUUGGCAAAGUGCUUGCUUAUAUGUACACCAUUGAGUUCCAAAAGAGAGGAUUGCCUCAUGCCCAUAUAUUGAUCUUUUUGCAUCCUUCAAACAAAUAUCCAGGACCCGAAGACAUUGACAAGAUCAUAAGUGCUGAAGUGCCCGAUCCGGAAACACACCCUCGGUUGUACAAUUUGGUCAAAGCUCACAUGGUUCAUGGACCUUGUGGUUUGAAGUUUCAGUCUACCACUAUAGUGGACCAAGAAGGCUAUCCGGUUUAUAGGAGAAGAAACAACGGACAAACAAUUGAAAAAAACGGCAUCAAUUUUCAUAGUGGUCAUGUAGUUCCUCACAAUCCAAGUUUGUUGUUGAAAUACCAAGCCCACAUCAACAUGGAAUGGUGCAACCAAAGUACUUCUAUAAAAUACCUUUUCAAAUAUAUAAACAAAGGUUCGGAUCACAUUUCUGCAAUCAUACAAGCAUGUUGGAGGAUCUUCUCUUAUUCUAUACAUGGCAGGAAGCCAGCCGUGGAGAGAUUGUUUUUUCAUAUGGAAGGUGAAAACUCCGUGUACUACAAAGACAACGAGCAAGUUGGUGAUGUUUUACUAAAACCAAGUGUAACCGAGUCUAUGUUUACAUCAUGGUUCGAGGCAAACAAAACUUAUGAAGAAGCAAGAUCACUAACUUAUGGUGACUUUGUUUCUAAAUUUGUUUAUCAUAAGAGGAGCCGGAGUUGGAAACCAAGGAAACGAGGGUAUACAAUUGGUCGACUCAUUUGGGUUCCUCAAAGCACUGGUGAAUUGUUUUAUUUAAGGAUGAUGCUCACCGUAACAAAAGGUCCUUUGUGCUAUCAAGACAUCAAGAAAGUUGAUGGUAAACAACUUAAAACUUUUCGUGAUGCAUGCUUUGCAAUGGGAUUUCUACAAGAUGAUCGAGAAUUUAUCGAGGCAAUCAAGCACAUCUAUGGGGUUCGGGUCUAUUUUUACGCAAGUCUUACAAUGAGCGAUGCCGAGCUAAAAGACCGGACUCUAAUGGCAAUUGAAACACUCUUACAAAAUAAUAAUCGAAGCCAGAAAGAUUUCAAGACAAUGCCAUAUCCAAAAGAUUAUGUUCUCUCCUUUACAGGAAAUAGACUACUCUAUGAUGAACGUCAAUAUGAUGUUGUUGCUCAAAACACAAAUUUAUGA